AUGACUUCCAAAGAAGAAGCCAAGGCUUCCUCGGUGGAGGAGAGAAGAAGGAGCCCCCUGGAUCAGCUACCCCCUCCCGCCAAUUCCAACAAGCCUUUGACCCCCUUCAGCAUAGAGGACAUUCUGAACAAGCCGGCCGUCAGGCGAAGUUACACCAUCUGCGGGACAGCGCACCUCCUCUCCAGCACCGACAAGCACCCGCCAGCCGGCCUGCCCCUCUCCAGCCGGGCGCUCCUCUCCCAAACCUCCCCGCUCUGUGCCCUGGAGGAACUGGCCAGCAAAACCUUCAAAGGGCUGGAAGUCAGCGUCCUGCAGGCAGCUGAAGGAAGGGAUGGGAUGACUAUUUUUGGCCAGAGACAAACUCCCAAGAAAAGGAGGAAGUCUAGAACCGCCUUUACAAACCACCAGAUCUACGAACUGGAAAAGAGGUUUUUGUAUCAGAAAUAUCUCUCCCCAGCCGACCGAGACCAAAUCGCCCAGCAGCUGGGGCUGACCAACGCCCAGGUGAUCACCUGGUUUCAGAACCGCCGAGCCAAACUCAAAAGAGACCUGGAGGAGAUGAAAGCAGAUGUGGAAUCUGCCAAGAAACUGGGGCCCAACGCCCAGGUGGAUAUUGUUAGCAUUUCAGAGCUGGAGCCGAAUUCGGAAGGGAGGGGGAAAUCGCGUUCUCUUUCUCCAACUCUACCCAAACAUGGACUGGAGACCGCCAGCCACCUUCAACUGCCUCCUGAAUCCCCUCUCACAGACCAACCCAACAGCAGUAAGGACUGCUCAGAGGAUGAAGAAGAUGUGGAAAUUGACGUUGAUGACUGAAUUGUUGUGGUGGUGAUGGUGGUGGUGGGUAUAUUCCCCCCCCUCCAUACACACACACACACCUUUUUUUUUUCUUUUCUUCUUCUUCUUCUCCAAAACGAAAACAAACCCAGAAAUUGACAGCCACACAUCCCCACCCUCAAGGGGUGGACCUGUGAAAUCCUGAGCAAAGCCUGAACAGUAUUCUAGAACGAUGAACUCUGGUGAUAGACACAGCGUUGUUGGCAACUAAAUAAAGCAGUUCCUUUUCAAUAAAAGCAAUAAGCAAUAGGAAAAAAAUAAUCAUUUAAAAUAGAGUCAAUAUCCCAUGCCUGUCACAUCAGGUAGUUUUCAUCUUUGGAAUGGUGCAAUUAUGGAUGGCUUCUGUAUAAAUAUUUAAACAUAUAUAAUGGAUUUUCUUUCUUUUUUGGAGGGUAUGAUUUAAAAAAAUAACUAUAUCAAUUGGUUUUGUUUAUAAAGGAAAGCAUCACCUUGCAAUAUAUACACCACUUCAAACAGAUGUUUUGUUGGGCAGUUAUUUUAAACGACUUCCAAAAAUGAACCAGUUUAUAGGAGAUUUAAGUUAGGCUAAAAUUAGCAAUUUUCUUUCUUUCCUUGCAUGUUUCAAAUGUGCACGAAAUAAUUAUUUUUUCUUUUUUACAAAAAAAA